AUGAAAUUAUACAAAUUUAGUACUUCCCAUAUUAUAUUUGGUAAUAAGGCUAGACAAAGAUUGUUAUUAGGAGUAAGUGAAGUAAAAAAAGCUGGUGUUCUUACUUUAGGUCCUUAAGGUAGGAAUGUCAUUAUAGAAUCUGAGACAGGAAAUCAUAGAAGUACAAAAGAUGGUGUUACAGUGGUGAAGAAUGUGAUGAUGAAGGAUAGAUUAUCAGAAAUGGGUGCAGCUAUGAUUAGAUAAAGUAGUAGUUAAACAAACAAAUUUGCAGGUGAUGGUACAACUACAUCAGCUUUAAUUGCUGCUAAUAUUUUUGAGAUUGGAUAGAAAUAUGUAUAAGCUGGUCAUAAUCCAAUAUAUAUUACAAGAGGAUUAAAAGAGGCUAAGAAUAAAGUAUUGGAAUAUUUAGAGGAAAUAAAAACAAUUGAAAUUGAUGAUUAAUUACUCUAUAAUGUUGCAAAGGUUUCUAGUAAUUAUGAUGAUAAUCUUACAAAUAUUGUAUUUAAAGCAAUAAAAGAAAUAGGUGUCAAUGGAAUAGUAACAAUUGAACCUGGAGGUACAGAUUCUGUUAUACAAAUAUAAUAAGGAAUAUAAAUACUAAGAGGAUUUAUGCAUGAAAAAUUUGCAGAUAAUGGAACAAUCAAAUGUAUUUUACAUUAUCCAUUUAUUUUAACUUCAAAAGAACCUAUUUUAUAAAUUAAACAAAUUCUACCCAUACUAGAAUUAGUUAAAAAUACAAAUUCACCUUUAUUCAUUAUUGCUAGUGAUAUAAGUGAAGAAGUAAUGUCAUAAUUGUUAUACAAUCAUACUAAAGAUAUUAUUAAAGUAUGUGCAAUUACAAUACCAGGUAUGGGUUAAUAAUUUAGUAAUGAUUUAAUUGAUGAUUUUUCUAUUCUUUGUAAUUCUUAAUCUGUUGAAAAUGUUUAAUCAGUUAAAUAAUUAUCUCAAUUAGGAAGAGCAGUAAAAAUUGAAGUUAGUAAUACUGAAACUAUGAUUAUUGGAACAUCACCAGAUGAAUAAGAAAUAGAAAAUAGAAAGAAUUUAAUAAAAAAUUAAUUAGAAAAUUCAAAUAAUUAUAGUGCAUAAACUCUUAAGGAUAGAUUAAUUAGAUUUGAUGGAAGAACAGCUAUAGUUUAUAUAGGAGGGAAAUCAGAAAUAGAGAUGCAUGAAAAUAGAGAUAAAUUAGUAGAUUCUUUAAAUGCUACAAAAUCAACUUUAAAGAAUGGAAUAUUACCAGGAGGUGGAACAGCAUUAUUACAUGCUUCUAAAUUAUUAGAUUAUUUGUAAAUAGAUCCUGAAUAUUAAUUAGGAGUUUAAUUACUAUAAAAGACUCUUAGAUAACCAAUUAAAUAAUUAUGUAGAAAUGCUGGAAUUAAUGAAGGAUAAAUUAUUUAAGCAUUAUUAGAAGAAACUGAUUAUAAUAUUGGAUUCGAUUAGAAGAGAUGUAAAAUAUAUAUAUAUAUGAAUAAGCAUGUUUUGGAAAUAUGAUUGAUUUAGGAGUGAUUGAUAGUUUUGCUGUUGUAAAACAUUCAUUGUUAGAUGGAGUUAGUCUUGGUUCCAUGCUUCUUAGUACAGAGGCUGCCAUCGUUUUAGAUAAGAAUUAUACUCCUACGGCGUUGAAUAAAUAUAAAAAAGAGGCAUUUUGAUU